GCGGCGACGGGACGAGUCCGUCGGCGGCGGCGGCGGCGGCGGGCCAGAGCAAGAUGGCGCCCCGCUGAGAGGAGUGCGCGGUGCGAUGGUGCUGCGGCGGCGGCCGCUGCAGCGCGCUGAUGCCGCCGGCGCGGCGCCGUGACCGGCCCGGAGCGCAGCUGCAGCUCGGCCCGCUGCUCCUCGGACUGUGGCUGCUGGCCGCCGAGACAGGCCGCCGCCACCCGGCCGCCGCACAUCGCCUGCAAGAGUGCCUUUCCGCCAACCGGAGCCAGUGCGCGGCCCCGACCGGCGGCGACGGGGCCGGCCAGGGCUCCGGCUGCCCGGCGCUGCUGCUGCUGCGCCGCCACAGGCUCAAACACUGUCCGGAGGUCAGCCUGUGGUUCACGGUGCCGUGGGACCUGCGCAGCGACGCGCCGCUGCGGUGUGACCAGAGCAGGCUCGAACACCACCUGGCCAGCCUCGCUGUGCGUGAUAGAGAAGUGGGCGCGAUGUAUGAGAGCUUCGUGAGCAUCCUGGACCGAUACGAUUGUGACGCGCGUUACUCCGUGAUGCACAACUGUUCAACGUGUAAGGAGGCGUACCGCCGGUGGCUGUGCGCCGUCUACCUGCCUUACCACGGCGCCAGCCCGGGCGGGGGCCGGUUGCGACCGUGCCGCUCCGUCUGCCAGCGCGUGCAGCAGACCUGUCCGUACCUGCUACCGGCCGAGAGGGCCGAGAGCAGUCACCAGUACGCCGGAGAGCCUACCUUCUACUGCGGAGAUAAGGACAUACCCGAGGUGGUACCUUUCGUCACGGGCGCGCCGCAGUACGGUGACGACGACUGCUGCUUCCAUCCGGGCUGCGUCCGCGGCACGGAGUGUGACCGGCACGGCUCGUGUCCGCUUCUCUUUCUGUCGGAGAGACCGCUGAGCCAGCGCCGGUGA